AAGUCCGUCGGUUUAUUUAAACUUUUAAGUUGCAGAUAUUUUGUGUUUUGAACUUUUUUUCUGUGUUUUGAACGCGUCAGCUGCUCCGCUGUUCAUCGACCCAUUCUCUGCCUUCGCUGAAUAGAGUUUUUCCUUUUGUUGUUGAACCCACCUCGUGCAGUCCGGCCCCUUCCCCCUCGCGGCCGUUCUUUUCCACCCAUCCUCCCAUCUCCCUCUCCCACUCUCCGUUUCAUCCGUCCAGGGUGACGCCAGCCCCUCUCACCCCGCCCCGUUCAACUCAGUCCACUGCGUUCAUCUCAUUCCUGCUCCCAUUCCGCGCAUAUUUCGCAUCCUUGGAGAGACGCUGCGCAUUUUACGCACUCAGCGCGCCCCAUCCUUCAUCAGACCGGAACCCGGGAGCUGCUUUUGGAGUUGGCGGACGGCACCUCGAUGGUGUAGUGACUCCGAUCCCUGGAAAAGUGUGGGAAUUAAUCCACAAAGACGCGUGUGAAUCGAGGUUGCUGCUGGCGGCGUGGAUGUUGGACCGGCCCUCGGAGUGUCCCAGCGGCCACCGGCGUCUUUACAUUUACAUUAUUGGUAGUUGGCAUUUGCCCCUGUUGAAGGGCAGCACCAAGGUUCCUGCUGCCUGCGCCUUGGCUGGCGAUUCCCACCUGCUAGUAUUAACAUCUACCACUUAGAAUCAGGCCAUUAUUGCGAGUACACAGCGCGAGUUAACUGGCACUAUGGAGCGCAGUAACUGGAGUGGCAGUGAGAGUCCGGGGGAGGACCUCGACAGACUGAGUGACUCUGGAGGAGACAAGACCAUGGACGGGGAUCCAGAGGGGGUCUGGAGCCCUGACAUUGAGCAGAGCUUCCAGGAGGCCCUAGCUAUCUACCCGCCCUGUGGAAGGAGGAAGAUCAUCCUGUCGGAUGAGGGGAAGAUGUACGGGCGAAAUGAGCUGAUUGCCAGAUACAUUAAGCUCAGAACAGGAAAGACGCGGACAAGGAAGCAGGUAUCUAGUCACAUCCAGGUCUUAGCAAGAAGAAAAUCACGGGAGUUUCAGUCUAAACUGAAGGACCAGAAUGCCAAGGAGAAAGCACUGCAGAGCAUCUCCUCCAUGUCCUCGGCUCAGAUCGUCUCAGCUACCGCCAUACACAGCAAGCUGCUGCCUGGAAUAGUACGAUCCAGCUUCCCUGGCAAUGCACAGCUGUGGCAGGGCAUCAUUCCUGGUGGACAGUCCAGCUCCAACACAGAAGAUAUCAAGCCGUUCUCACAGCAAGCCUACUCAGUGCAGACAGCAGGGACCACCACAAUCUCAGACUAUGAGCCUCCCGCUUCAGCCCAAACACACAGAGAGCCGGCAUGGCAGGGUCGCUCCAUCGGCACCACCAAGCUACGACUGGUGGAGUUUUCAUCGUUUCUGGAGACACAGAGGGACCAGGAGGCGUACAACAAGCACCUGUUUGUACACAUCAGCCAGAGCAACCCAAGCUACAGCGACCCAGUCCUGGAGUGUGUGGACAUCCGACAGAUCUAUGACAAGUUUCCAGAGAAGAAAGGUGGACUCAAGGACCUGUUCAGCAAAGGCCCACAAAACGCUUUCUACCUGAUCAAGUUCUGGGCGGACCUAAACUACAACGUGCAAGACGACCCGGCAGCGUUCUAUGGUGUGACCAGCCAGUACGAGAGCUCAGAGAACAUGACCAUCACCUGCUCCACCAAAGUGUGCUCCUUUGGGAAGCAGGUGGUGGAGAAGGUGGAGACAGAGUACGCUAGGUUUGAAAACGGGCGUUUUGUCUACAGAAUCAGUCGUUCGCCCAUGUGUGAAUACAUGAUCAACUUCAUCCACAAACUCAAACACCUGCCUGAGAAAUACAUGAUGAACAGCGUGCUGGAGAACUUCACAAUACUGCUGGUUGUGAGCAACAGAGACACUCAGGAGACCUUGCUCUGUAUGGCGUGUGUGUUCGAGGUGUCCAACAAUGAGCAUGGAGCACAGCACCACAUUUAUCGACUCAUCAAGGAAUAACACACACCCCUACACAGAUAUAUUUACACUUACAUGCCCCCACACACACACACACACACACACACACACACACACACACACACACACACACACACACACGGCCUUGUUAAAUGGUGACAAAUCUGAAUUUUACAAAAGUGUCUUUCAGCCAGACAACUCAGAAAAACAGACCCUGUCUGCGUUUUCACUGCUACAGCAACAAUAUUAAUGGUGUAAUUUAAAAAAACAAGAUAUUUGACUGCUACUGGUUCACUCCUUUCAAACAGGAGCAUUUCAACACUACAUAUUAACUCAGAGCUGAACAGCAGAUGCUCAUUAACUGUAAACAGCUCAGUGGUAGCGCAGCCAUAGAAACGCAUCAGAAUCAACCUGGGGGGUGGUUCUGGAGAACAUCCUGACUCAGAUAUUGCCAGGAGAUGUCAUGCCUCCUGCUAAUUUCUUUCUUGCUCACUUUCUCCCAGUAAAUUAGUCUUUUGCUGUUUUGAUGGUGGGAAUGAAACUCAACCCAGGGAAAGGAAGACUACAUUUCACACUCCUCUCCUUCUGUGACAUACUGUAAGUGGGUGCGUUGUCUGCCGGGAAAUGGGUGACGCACACAGACACUGGUGGUCAGACCCUGUGUAUCAUCAAUAACCAGAGAACGAAAUAACACUACUGUAUUAUCAUAUAGUACAAUAUAAGGGGGGACUGUACAGAUAACCCUAAAAAAUUGUGUAAACUAUAUUCUUGCACAACAUAAGAUGUUUGUCCCAAAGAAAAGAAAUCAAACUUUUACCUUUUUUGUAUGUAAUCUUUAAAAAAGACUACCUUCUAAACUUUGGGAAAUUGUUUAUUGACAGUAGCAUAUAGACUCUAUUUUAAUUCCAGGAACACUAUCUAAAAUGUAUGUUAAUAAGAAACUAUAAAUGAAACUGAGUAAUUCAGGUAACCUUUUGUGAAACACAUGACUUUUCUUCUACAUAGAAAUAAAUAUGAAGAUUUGUUGAUGGUUUUAAGGUGUCAGUGCUGGAUGGUGCUUCCUGUGACUGUUUCACAGUUGGAGCAACUCUGUGUGAGCUUUAACAUCCUGACCAACUCACUCGAACCUAACAUGUUGAUGUUAGUCCUAUGUAAACUGAAACUCUGCCAGAGCACAAUCCUUCAGCACCUGUCUGUCAGUUUCCAAGUCUCAUCCAGGACCCAGCAGAGGUGGUUAAACAGUUCCCUUUAAUCAGUUCAGGGCUGCUCUUUUCCAGUUGUAUAAGGUUAUAGUAUCAGAGUAGAAGUCAUUAUGAAACAGAAACCAAAAACUCUUAAAGUGUACUGUAGCAGGUGUCAUGCUCCGCAACAUGAAGUGCCUUUGGUUGGGAACAGAGGCCUGAUGGCUUGUUGCUGUGGUCUUUGCUGAAAGGCAUAAUGAGUGGAACAAAUACAUGAAUUAUAUAAUUAUCUAAAUUCCAUUUCUAUCAUUUGUUUCUGUUGUAAUUUGUACAGUCAGUUCUGGACCGUCCUAAUGAAUCUGCUUAUUGAUGGUGGUAUUGGUAUUGGUAUUGAAUGGUAUUGAUGAUGGCAGCAAAUGGCAGCAUCUACGUGUAUUUUCAUUAUGUAUGUGACAGGUUGCACACAGUUGUGCCUCAUUAAAUGCAGCUGCUUGUUCCUAUCAUAGAACAUGUUCAUAGGACAAAGUCAAAGUUUGGCUGACGGUGACUGACGAGGGAGAAGAGUUGUCAGUUGUACUGGAGCUUGAUUCAUGGCAUCUGGACUUCAGAAGUGCAGAUGCCAAAGCAUGAUGCCCUUAAUGGGAAAUGCUGCAGUCAACAGAUUGUGCUACUGAUUUCAAAGGGCACCUUCAGUGUUCAUGAUAAGUAGUAAUUAGCCUCUCUGCCUUUGCUGCACCUGGCUGAAACACCCUCUAAGACACCAUCCAGAGGUUUUCUUCCUCUAAACUUUAAUAAUUCAAAUGUUACAUGUCACUUGCCCGGUCCGUACGUUUGCAUCUCGUUUCAGCUGGUCCGUAUUUUUAAUAUUUUAUAAAAACCAACAAAACAUUUGGGAUAAAAUAUGAAUCACAGUAAAAAUAGAUUUUACAUUUAGCUGCGAUAGAAAUGUUCUUUCCACUGGAAAUGGUUAUCUUACUGGACGAUGUUCUCUAAUUUACUGGCAAACUGGAGUUCCACCAAGUGAAAUGAAGCAAAUCCUAAUAUGGAUUCAGGUUUUUAUUCAGUAAAACAUUGAUGAACUAAAUUCUUCCAGAGGAUUACUGGUCGAUCAGCAAGAUAUCAUGACUCAGCGAGGGUAUGUUGCAGUGUGACCAACUGGGAUGCAAUGUGGUGUCCAGGAGAACCAGUUUAUGCCAAGUUUUAAACAUAAGGAACUCAACUGCUCUGAGCAAUGACCCAAAGGAUUUUCACCAUUGUUGGAACUCUGUGCCUCCUGUGGGUGUCUCUCAGGGCUACAGCCACCUGUUGCCACACACUGGUGAACUAUAACGUUCCCACAGUCACAUCACAGUGGUUUGUUCUGCCUAACACAUAUGUGCUAACAUGUGAAAUUCCAACACACUGUUUCAGGGGCUGAUUUUACAACAAUGACCCUUUAUCUACCACCUGCUUACCAAAGACAGUCGCUGAGGGAAGUUGUUUAUUUACGAGCUAGAGUCACUGACAGCCAAACACAGAUGAUCAUAAAAACAAAGAAGCAUAGGACUGAACAUAAAUGAUGUGGGAUUUAAUGAGAUUUAAAUAAAAAAAUUAAAAGCCAUUUCUACUCUUGCUUUUAAAGACAUAGUUGAUUGUGCCCCUAAAUAUGGACACCUCUCAUCAUCCUGGUUGGCUGACUGAGGAAGCGCUGUAUGAUUUAAGCCACUUGAAGCUGGGAUUUCUUAAAAUAAAGCAAGUGCGUAUCAAACUCAGCUGUGGAGGUUUAAUAAAGGUAAAAGGUAAUAAAGCCGCGCUAAAAGCAGUGUCCUCCCAAUGCCUAAAGGUCAUGAAGGCUUCAGAUGUCAGUGAACUGUUGCGUUUCAGAUGUUGCUGUCUGUGCCGUUAAAGUUGUCUCUUUGUGCAAGUUGGAUGUUUUAUGGUUUUUCACAUGUGGCACAGAAACCCUGUUUGUAAUUGAAUCCAGAAUGGCCUUGAAUCUCUUUGCCCCGGUGCUUGUGCAGCAUCCCUGCGUGUGCACUGGGAACUUUUGAUAGGUGCUUUGUAUAAAAAGUGACAAUAACCUUUAUUACAGAUGUUGUGUAUAUCUUUGAUAUUCUAAUGUUUAUCCUAUUUUGUGAACAAGAGAGUACAUUUAGGAAAAAUCCAAAAGCUAGUAAUGUGUGUCUAUUGGUGCUGCACAGGGUCUGAUCUUUGCUUUUUUCCCCUCAUGGCUAAAAGUACGUUAGAUAUUUUCUAGCUUUGUAGAGAUCUUUGUACGCAUAUGCUAUUCAGUUUAAAUAAAUAGUCUGUUCCAAACUA